CUCACAAAUGGAGCAUCUUUGCGAGUUGUUUCAACCAUUUACACCGAAAAAUUCACGAAAAACCACCGAAAACCGUCAAUUUCGAGUGACUCUGUCCCCCAGUGCAUAAUCCUCCCAAGUGGUCGCUCGCGCUGGCAAGCCCCCCUUCUGAAAGCCCCUAAAAUCCCCGGCGAAGCCCUCACCUUAACCCCCCGAGUGUUCUUCAAUCAAAAACCGGGAGUGCUUCACCCAGGAGAUGCCAACAAGUAGUUCACCAGUGCACCUGCUAAUAAUGUCCGUCCCCCUAUCCCCGAACACAUCCCCCCAGAUCACCAGUAGCUGCACCUAAUCUCUUGUUUUAAAAAAUCCGAUAAAAGAGAAGUGAAAAAUUUGGUAAAUUGAUUAACUACCCUGGAGGGGUGAGAAUCGACCUGAGGGGGUCAGUCGUGCCCCUGAAGAUGAGCAAGGGCCACAAAGACGAGGCGUGUGCAUUCGAGACACGAAGAAUAAAGAAGGAGAGAGCUGAGACACACGAGAAUGGCACGAGAAAUAUUGUCUCUUUGGGUCCGGAUGCAGCUGGUGCUGCACCUGGGAUCAACGAUCCCCACCAGAGGGUGCCUAAUGGAUUUCACACGUCGGACCUCCUCCAGGACAUAAUCUCCGCAAAAUUCAGUGGUGGAAUGAAUGCCAAUCAUGGAAAACAGGAGAAAAUUCGGAUGAUCAUUGAGGAGGCCGUUGGAGAGGAGUCGAAGGUGAAGGUCCAGGAGGUUUUCCUCCGGGUGGAGCAGCUCAGGGUCGAGGAGAAGCUUCUGCUUUAUCUCAAGCUACCCUCCUGCCUGACUAAUGGCCCAGGAACGGUGGAUCCUCUCCGGCAGCCACUCAAUCCCCUGGGCAACAGGUACGAGAUCCAUCAGACCAUCAUGUGGAUCAGGACUCACCUCGAGGAGGAUCCCGAUGUUUCGUUGCCCAAACAAGAGGUGUACGACGAGUACAACACAUUCUGUCAUAUCAACUCGAUGAAACCGUUGAGCACUGCGGAUUUUGGAAAGGUUAUGAAGCAGGUGUACCCUAGGGUAAGGCCCAGGAGGCUUGGGGUUAGGGGACAGUCGAGAUAUUGUUAUGCUGGAAUGAGGAAGAGCGUGAAACUAGCGGUACCAGCGUUGCCCAGUGUGAAGGAGAUUCAGGAAGCUGACGAAUUUGACGAGUCAAUAACCGAGGAGAUGUUGGGAGCAGCUUCCACCUUGAUCAGAGAGUGGGCGGAGGGAGUCCUGGGCCUGAAGUUUCCAAACCUAGCGGCCCUGGCUCGCCACCUCGUUGAGAACAUCUGCGUCGACACCCAAUCGCUGGCAGCCGUCUGUAUUCUAAGUGCCACCGGUGACACCCUUCCCUCCACCCCAAAAGUUCCAGAGACGCCGCCAAGUCUCUCCGUGACUCCAGUGGCUGGGAAACCCGGAAAACUUCGUGAGGCCCAACUCCAGCUCCAGAAGAAACUCCAGCAGCGUGAGCACACACGGGAUCAAAAGCACCAGGGUAAAAAUGAAAAAAUUGACCAAGGUACAACAAAGCCUAUCACUCAAAAAUCCAAAAAACAAAAAACACCAGUAUCCCCAGUUAUAACGACAACACCAAAAUCAUCCACAAACCCACCACAGCCUCCAGCUACCUCAAAUCGGUCUAGAAAACUGCCGAGAUCAUCGAAUCAGCAGUCGGUCUCACUACAAUUAAACUGUGAUAAUAAAAAUUCAAUUAACAACGACGAUUUGUCUUCGAACGGCGUCUCACCCGUAGACGAUAAGGCCCAAAAGCCAGGCCCCAAAAAUUCCCGAAAACGUCCAAGUCUCGAUGACAAUCAGAAUCCCGACAUGAGUCCCGAGAAACUCCAGAGAACGGAGAAAUCCCCAAAAACAGAGGAUAAAAGUCACCAGAAUUCCAAAAAUUCCAGAGCCCCGAGUAAAAUAACUGUAGUACCCCCAAAUAUAUUGAAAUCUAAACUCCAGAAAAUCGAUCUUGACACCCUGAAGCCUCUCCAGCCAUCGAGAAAGACCAAUGGAAAGGCUCCAGCAGUGAUUCCAGCGGAGGCCCAAGAGGUUCUUAUAAAGGACGAAAUUUCACUUCUGGAGACCUCAAAACUCUGCACAAUAGAUCCAGGAGCCCUGGACGAUUACCUGAACGGUGGUAACAAUUCUCAGGAGCCCGAGGAAGAGCUUCUACAGUAUUUCCAGCAAUCGAGCUCCUCGAGUUCAGACGCUGAGGUGCCGAUACCCGAGAUACCGAUGCCAUCGCGAUCAGACAAAGUAUCGCAGCUGCGUCUGAUUCUCCAACAGAAUCUCAAAAAUUCAACGGUUCCAGGGCCCUCCAGUGAGCUUCCAGGUGAGGCCCCGAGGGUCCGAAAUGCCCAGCAAUCCCUGGAGCGGAGCCUUGAGGUCCAGAAAGAGGAGAAGAUCUUGCCAUCGUUGUUAAAUCAAACCAAUCAAUCCAGGAGACGUGUGAGCUUCGAGACCAAUGUCAUUGAGCAUUCUCCAGCUGUGACCUUGCCAACAAUUCCUCAGUCCCCAAAUACACGUAGAAGAAUAUUCAAUUUCACUCCAAUAUCACCGGGUCCUCACUCGCCAAUUAAUAUAACCCCUAAUGGUCGCGCAGCAUCGAAACCAAAUUCAGCCAAUGCAUCGCCAUUUGUCUCCCCUCGCAAUACUCCAGUGCCACGUUCCAGAAGUACAAUGGCGCCAUGUCGUUCCUCAAGAUCCUCCAGUAAUGGGCCUAACAUUCAGAAGCCCUUCAACAGGUCUGCUAGUUGUUCAGCGAGUUACUCGUCCAGAAAUGAUGACACGACAUUCGUCGUUCCAACGUCUGGAACGUCUGGAAUAUCUGGAAAAUCAUCGGCCGAGGUACAAGUGGGGCCCGCUGGCAAGGCCCUCUGUACGACCUUCCUCUCCAGUGACCUAAAUCCCCAGAAACAACUGUUGAUCAAUUAUCCUAGUCAGGAGAAUCUCCAGGAGAUAAAGAAUAUUCAUAAACGGUCGAAACCAGACGAUCAGGAGAUCAGUGAAUAUUUCAAUGGAGUUAAAGCCCACUUUGGAGAUAAUUUCUCCAGAUCGCAAUCCGUUCCCCUUCACAGAAUGGUCAAUCCAACGCUAAUGUCACCCAUAUCAUUGACGUCGACCCCAUAUCAAGGGAUCUAUCAGUUCAAUGCAUCCAGUUGUUCAUCAGUGGCGCCCACUCCAGUUCCAAGUGAAUUCAAUGAUUUUGGGUCCACCUGUUUGUUGGACGAAGUUGAUGCCAAUUUUAUGGGUGAAGAUCAGGCCUUUCUCAUGGAGGACAAGGAAAUAUCCAGUGAGAAUAUCACGAAAAUACUCGAUCUACUGGAUGAGGAUUCUGGAAAGGGCCUCAACAUUAUGGACAAUGGGUCUGACCAUAUUAUUACGGGCUCUGGAAUUAUGUUGGAAAGCCAGGGGGAGGGGCUGGGACUGAAUAGGGGAAUUGUUGAGGCAUCCCUGGAGCAGGAUCAAGUGGAGGACAUUCAGAGGGGCAUCAGUGCAAGAAGUUUUACGAAUACUCCAUUGUCUGGAGGCAGCCAGAUUCUUGUAGAUGUUACUGCCGGUAUUGCUGGAGGGGGUGUGGCUUAUCCUGGAGGCUAUGAUGACAGUAGUGGGUCAAGGUCAUUUCCAAAUACACCACAGGUUUACAGGGAGAGCAAUGAGCCUAUGCUGUCGAGUCCCACUUUGAAUUCGCUUAAUCUCAGGGGUGAGGGCGGUGGGGCGGGGAGGGGAGUCAGUGAUCUGCUGGAGACAAAUUUUCUGGAUGGUGAGGGGGGCGAGGAGGAGCUCGAUCCACUCGAGAAUUUUGAGGGGGAGUUCCAGGCUGAUGAGGUACUGGGACCAUUGUUUAUUGGGGUCGAUGGCAAUCGUUGAGGACAGCCAGUGUCAGUAGAGUGAUAAUAGGGGAAGUCCGAGGGGUGUCAGGGUUUAGGGGGUGUUAGAGAAGCGAAGAACAAAAUUUCUCGAUCCUCAGUCCAUCAAGGACAAUCAUAAUUUGCGAAAAAACAAUGACAGUCAUUUUUCGUCAAUAUAGUCUCCAAGACAUUUUUUUCAUGUGACUGUAGCCGGGGGUGAGGGACAUAUUGAGAGGGGAUGAGAAGUCGUUAUUUGGGGUUUGAAUGAAGGAGUGUUUUAUGGGGUUGGGGGUCAGUUUAGGAGAGUGGCCGGCCUUUGGAUUUAUAAUUUGCUGAUUAACAAAUGCUACAGAAAAAUCUCGGGAAAAUGAGGAUAGUGAUUUCCUCUGUUAUCACUCUAACUCGAAAUUUGGAAACUGAGGAUUUAGGAAAGGCAGGCUGUGAAAAAAAGGAUUUCACUACUACAAAAAUAUGAUGAGGAAUGUGAUAGUUUCUCGUUAAAUCGCUGUGCAAAACCACGUCGGGUUUAUUUGUAUUAAGAUGAUAAACAUGACAACACUGCCAAAUUUUGGGAGAGGGAAAAUAUCAAUUGGAUUUUUUAAAAAUUCAUUUAGGGUGAGGGGGCAGUCCCGACGAAUGUGGUGGAAUUAUUAAACAUAAUUGUGUAUUUUCACUUUGAUCUAUAAGUGAUGAAAAGUAUUUUGGUCCCAAAUCGAUUGACGUGGGGAGAAUUGGGGUUUUGCAUGACAAUUUUUUUUAUGUUGGAUAUGAGAGUCGAAUGGAAAAUGUCAAAUAUGUAUUUUAUUUUUAUAAAUAUUGACAAUUGGCGAGGUCCUGGAGAUUAAAAACGUCUGAUUUAUGAAGUGACAUCUUUAUUUUUUUUUUAUAAAAAAAUGCGCGUCUAAUAUUUUCCGUUGAAUUUUCCUUCUUCAUAAUUGUUUUCCAAUAAAAAAAAGUCAUGCAACAGCUCAGUUCAGAGAUUCAGGCCUGAGGUGGCCCUUCCUCGAUUCUGCUUGUCUUUACUGUCAUUGGAGAUUCAAUGUCAUUCGCCAAUAAAUGCAGUUCAAGGGAAUUGCCUUCAUUAGCAAGAUAAUCAGGCACGCGAAAACCCGCUCCCUUUAGGCCUGAAUUUUAACAUCAAUUUUUUUAAAACUUUUCUUUUCGAAAGACUUAAAAUUUGGAAGAUAAACGGAAUUGUUUUUUGCGAUGAUGUUAAUGGACCAGCUUGGGACCUCGAGAUUAUUAAGGAUUAAUUAAUGUUCUUUUUUCCAAUGUUUUUUAAUGACUGCGCGUGAGACAGGGGCAUUUCGUAAUUACGAUGAUCAUUAGAUAUCCUUUCUUCUGUACAAAUUAAUUUUAUACUGUCAUAAGGUUGAAUGUCAGCGGUAUUUCGAGUACUUUGGGUUGAUUUUGUGCAAUGAAAAUUUUUAACUAAUUCAAGAUAAGAAUAUGUCGAAAUUUGUGAGGCUUUUUCUUCGUAUUUUCUCGAUUUACGGGGGACAAAUAAUUGCGGAGCAAUUGGUAUAUCGUUCACGAGUGUAUUUUUCGUGUAUUAACGUUGAUUUUAAUUAUUCAAAUCGAUGAAAAAAUGUUUUUAAUGAACGUUGUAACGUUAAUUGGGCUCAAAUGAUUGACGAUAUGAUAAAUGUUGACGUUUGUAAAGUUUUUAAAAAAAUGUAUUAUUUUCAUUGGCUUUGGUUGUAACGGUGGAGUGAAGAAAUGAAUUGUUUACAGAAAAAAUACGCUUAAGACACCCGCACCGACAGUUUUUCUAGUUAAUUGAUUGCCAUUUUCUAAUUAAUUAACGACUGAAUGAAAGAAAAAAUGUUGGAGAAUUUUUUCGUCUCAAGUUUAUCUGCAGUAAUUCAUUCCUUCAUUCGACUGGAUUUUGGAUAUAAAAAUCAUCACCAUAAGAAAAAAGACACAUGAAAAAAUGAUUUACCUACAGUUACACGCACAAACGUACUAGCUAUAUCUAAUUGUAAUCAUAUAAUCGGGAUUCGUCGUGAAAGAAAUAGUUGAAUUUAUGAUAAACGAGGAGAAAAAAAAAUAAUAUUUAAAAAAAUGUAAACGAAAGUGUGUCCAGUAGGUAGAACUGCAUAUCCCCAAAAACCAUAGAUCGAUUUUGACUCAAUUAACAUUCAAAAAUGAUAAACAAUGACUACGAAUUAAUUAAUCGAGCUUAAAAAACAAUUAAAGAAAUCCUUUUUAUACGAAUGGAAAAACGAAAAUAAAAUGAGUCUUAGAUAAAUGAAUUUUUGACAAAUUUUUUAAAUCUACCAAUGAAAAUCUUUUGUCGAUAAUUUACAUAGUUAAUAUGUAAAAUUAAUCAGUUAUUAAGUGAAAUAAAUAUUAAAAAUUAACUUUGGAACGAGUAUUUGAGGUCAAUUCGAUCAAUGGUAUAAGAACAAAAAAUUGAAUAAAUUGUGUUGCAUGCAAUAGAAAAAUGAUUAAUCACAGGUGUAGGACAGUUUCAUUAAUUAAUCACAACAGGAAAGAGAUGAAAAUUGUAUUUUAUAGUUUUUAGGGUUUUCCCUUGGCGAUUAUAUCCACAGAGAGUGGCUCAACGAAAAUUGGUGUCUAGACCUUUUUUAUGGCGAAUAUCAUGCUCGACAAAAAAGUUUUUUUUACUUUUUUUGGUGGGACCACUCGCUAUAGAGAUAAUUGCGGUCAUUGCGUGAUUGUUUCAGGAGACAACGUCAAUCACCUUGCGAAACAGUAUAUUUUCAUUGCGAUUUACCUCGACGGGGAGUAAUUUUAUCGUAAAAAUAUGCUAAUUCUUUUUUGUAAAGGAUUAGAUUUGCCGUGAAAAAUAUGUUAUCACAUUUUCCAAUAGAAUCACUUCCCAUCGAGAUAAUCGAAGAAUUUUCAGCUAUAAAAAACUUGGGAGGUAUUCGUUUGGUUAAUUGUCGAAUCCCGAUGUCUGUAUAUUUGUAGAUUUUUGUUAAUUGUAUAAAUAAUUAAUUUGUAUGCGAUGUGAGGAGAGACGAUGCUUUUUUAUGUUUAAACAAUACAUUUUUCAAUAUUAAAGAACAAUUGAGAAUUCAAGUUAUUUUCCUAUUGUUUUAUUAUUUAUCCUCCUAUUAUUAAUUAUUUAAUUAAUCAAUUAAUUUAAUAAUUUGCUGGGCUGUGAUAUUUUCUCCCUAAUUUCCGAGUGUUUUGCGACAGUCUGGCAGAAUUACAAUUUUUUUUUUCAAUUAAAAAACAAAUUUCCUUUGCUUUUCUUCGAACAACAAAAUAUCGCUAAAUAAGUGUAAUAUGAAUUAAUUAAUAGUCGUUGAUCUUUGGGUUCUACAGAGUAAUUGUUGAAGUUAAAAUACUUUUGGAUGUUAUUAUUACUAUAUUAAUUGUUCUAGUGAAAGAAGAAUUGGAAAGACCAAUUUUUCUGCUCUCACCGUUUUUUUGAUUAAAAGUUUAUUCACGCAAUUGAUUGAAUUUUUUCAAUUCAUCGCCAAAUUUCUCUAAUAACAUUUUGUGUGAAGUAACUUGACGUUUUGAAUUUUUUUUAAUAACAAAGGGGAUUUUAUGGGUUCUCUUUAUUUUUUCUCUUCUCUCACUCGAAUAAAUUAACAAAAAUUAAUGAAUUAAUUAGUACAUGCACCAAAUGUUACUAAAUUUGUACCACACUUAGUUAAUUAACGAUUGAAAAAACUACCAAGACCGAGUAAAUGAGCGGGAACUGAUGAAAAUGGAAGAUACGAGAAUAGGUAGGGGAAACUAAUGGAUAAAAUAUAAAUAAAUAUAUAUAAUUUUGUAUAAUUUAUAAUUAUCAAUAUUGAAUGAAAUAAAGAGUUAACAAUUGUAUGGCCUAAA